AUGACAGAUAGGAUCCCUGCCUCAGUGCGGGUUUCCGGGCCGCCGAAUAGCAGCUUUCUAGUCGGCUAUCCAGGUAUUUCGGCAACCUUGCCGAGAAUAGAAGGCAAAGUUGAGAUUCGGCCGUCGCAGGGCUACUCGGCGCCAGUGGCCGUAUCCCUUGUGCGAAUAUGUCUCCAGCGAAGAGAAACAAUACAUCCGGCCGCCAGAAACCUUGCCAAGAAGCAUCUGGGCACACCGAGAAGAGACACGACAGACGUUGUGGGUAAAGAAUUAUUGCUAUUCCGAUGUGCAUCGGGGAGGGAAGCCGAAAGCGUAAUUGCCAUGGACUUGCCGUUCGUGUUAUUCAUCCCAUUCGGUCGAGGAGGCGAGGAAACCAACAGAAGAAUACCGCCGGCAUCGUUACAGCUUGCGAGCAGGACGGCUGAGACAUACUACGAACUAGUGGUGACGGUUCAGCAGGGAGCGAGCCAGCAAAACAAGUAUGCAUUUCCUAUACCUCUCCAGAGAUAUGAUACGUUGUCCACCUUUGGAAUGUACAACCGGCCCGAGACGAAGAUUGCCACUGCCGACAAUAUAGUCACACUUGGCAUAUCAUUACCAAGGUGGAGCUACGGGCCCAUGGAUCCCAUUACCGUCUAUAUCAAGAUUGCGCCAAACCUCGACUGGAUGUCCAAGGCUAGGAAGGUCACGAUACAAAAAAUCACCUUGUCCAUUGAGGAGGAGAUUACGUACAACCCAGAGGGCGAUGAGCCAACGAAAGAAAUAAAUAGGCUGCACAAGCAUGUCCAACAGGUUGGGACAAAGCUCCCAGAGGCUGGUUAUGUCACCAAUAUGGGCGUCAUUUUUCCACACAGAGACUUGAGGGAUUCGCAGGGUAUCGUCAGAAGGGGUCAGCCCGCUUUUCCAAACUACGAAGUCUCAUCUUUUACCACAACAUCAACCCUCUAUAAGAUUGAGUUUUUCCUAAAUAUCAAGGCCUCCAUGACCUCAGCCAAGGAUAUUACCUUGCGCCAACCCAUCGUGAUAUGUCCCAUGGACCACCAGGCAUGCAAAGAAGAAAUGGACGCCAUUGAGCAGGCCGCCAAGGAUGCUUCUUCGGUAGACCCGCAUAAUCCCAUGCUCCCCGCCAGAAACAUUGUUCUAGCAACCGAUUACAAUGCGCUCAGAACUUUGGGACUAUGCAUGGUUGGUGGACAGAAGAAGCCUCUGAUCGAGUGA